GGAAAAAAGUCGUCUUUUUCCUCAAUAACUCUACGAAAAUGACUCGUCUCUGUAUCUGUAAGAUGUGCAGUUGUGGCCGUCACCGUUGCACACACCAGCCCACGGCACUUUACAAGAAAGCGAGUCAGACCAAUGUGUUGUCAGAGUACUCGGAGAAGUAUCCUGCCUAUAAAGGUCACACUCGUCCCAAGAGCCUCAAGCCCCAACUGCAGUAUAAAGCUCAUCAGGACACGAUGGACGGAACAACGACCUUCAGGAUGGACUAUAUCCCAUAUCCGGUCACCCGUCGCCCUGGGAGGCAGCAGGCCGAGUACAAGCCCAAGCCUGGAGAGAUCGACUUAGGAACUACCUAUACACAAGACUUCUACCCGUAUGAAGUACAACCAUUUGUUCCUUCACGCCCUAAAGCGAGAGCACAUCCCAUGAAUGCACAACCGGUCACCAUACCCACCUAUAAAGACGAUUUUCGUCCGUGGGAGAUCAGCAGACGGGAAUUAACUAAGCCUGACACAACGUAUCAACCUCCUACUGCAAAGUUUGGGAAUUCCACCACAUUCCAGGAUGAUUUCGUCCACCGAGGCCUCGCGCCACGUGAGAGCUUCAAGCCCUCAAACAAAGCCAAGCUAUCCGAUGCUCCUUUUGAAAACCUGACCAGCAACAAGCUCUCAUAUGUACCACACGCUCUAGAAGCCCGUUACGUUAAACCGCCAGAUGAGUACAAACCCAGCAAUGGUCCUUUCCAGGACCUCACUACCCACCGACAGGACUUCCAAGGCCUGCCGAGUCAGCUGCCCAAAAGCUGCAAGCCCGUGCCGCUCAAAGUGACCUCCAGCAAGCCCUUCCAGAGCAGCACAGAAUUCCGGGACCAUUUCCAGCAGUGGCCCGUCUCCUUCCGGCAGGUGCAGAAAUCGGUGGAGUACACCAGUCCCACGGCACACAUGGACCUGACAACCACCUCGCACACCGACUACAUCGAGCACCAAAUCCAACCCUUCCUUUCCGCCAAACCUUUCUCUCUUCCCAUUAAGUCUUCCAGGCCCUUCCAGGGCAACACCACCAUGAAGGACGACUUCCAGCCGUGGGUGGCGCAACGUCAAGGCUUGAUCCGGAAGCCAGAGGAAAUCCAGCGAGCCAGUGGGAAAAUGGAAGAUAUGACAACCUUCAGGGCCCAUUUUGUCCAGCAUGAAGCCCAGCCUAGUCUCAGCUUCAAGCCCCAAAAUGCACCACUGCGGACUGAUGUUCCCCAACAGAAUGAGACCAUGUACCGCACGGAGUUCACGCCCAAGAGGAUCAGCAUGUGUCCGGCCAGUUUCGAGUCACCACCGGGGUUUGUUUUCGAUAACUGCGAUGAUCAAGGACACCGUUUCUUCCGCAAGAUGUCGUCCACUGACAGGAUCGAGACUCCGAAGGAAAUGGGCUUGACUGCUUAAGAAAGUCAUCAUGUUAUUUCUAUAAAAGAUGGCAUAAAAUAGAAUACAAUAUGA